UGGUUCUGUGAUUGCCUCUGAAGUCGAAGACUUUCUGGAUGGAUGAUUCAUAAUUCUCCAUCGUUCGCUGUUUAUUAGUUUUGUUUUUUCGUUUGCUUACGCUCGCGCUGUUAUCGUACUAUUUAUAUUUUCGGGAUAUUCCAUCGCAACCGACCUUGCAUCAGAAAAGUCGCUUUGCCCAUUCAGGCAGCCAAACAACCAUGUUCGGGAAGAGGAAAGACAGCAACGAUGGAAAGCGGAUGCCAUCGGGCUCGUCUCAUGUUCCGUCCGUCGAGAAUGGACCCAGCCGGCCAGCUUACGUCAUCGAGCGAUAUGCCGCAUAUUAUCCCAUGAAUAACCGGCGCCGUGGAAUGGCCCUCAUAUUUUCGCACUACAAGUUCGCUGUUCAGCACCAAAAUCUUCCUGCUCGGGAGGGUAACGAGGUGGACUGUAGGCGGCUGACCGAGACACUGCAGAUGUUCGGCUUCGACGUGCAUAUCUACCGGGACCACAAGCUGGAGGAAAUCAAAGCCGUAACGAGAAAGGUGUCGCAGAUGGAUCACAAGGAUAACGAUUGCUUGCUGGUGGCCGUGCUGACCCACGGCGAAGACGGGGACAUCAUUUUCGCACACGACUGUGCGUACCAGUUUCCCGUCAUCUGGAGCCAGUUCACGGCAGAUAGCUGUCCUUCGCUGGCCGGGAGGCCCAAAAUUUUCCUCAUUCAAGCGUGUCGCGGGACGCACCUGGAAACUGGCGUGAAGGUGCAACGCGAUGGCAUCGCCCGAUACAGCAUCCCGACGCACGCCGAUUUCCUCUUUGCGUACGCCACCAUCCCGGGUUUUAUGGCGUUCCGCAACACGAGCGAUGGCUCGUGGUUCAUCAGCGAACUCUGCAAUGAGAUGCGCGACAAUGGCCUCAAGUACGACUUUCUUACGCUGCUCACAUUCGUCGCCCAGAAGGUUGCCUUCGAGCACGAAUCGGUCUCCAAUCACCAGGAGUUCAAUAUGCGCAAGCAGAUGCCGUGCAUAGUGUCGAUGCUGACGCGGGUGCUUCUGUUUAACUCGGUUUAGUUUAGACGUACCAAGCACCACCACCAGUUGCAUUAGUCAACCAUAUACCAUUUUACCAUUAGCUGUCGGAAAAGUUUUAGUCGUAAGGCCUCAGGUCUCUUGUUUCCUACUCAUAACGCGCUACCUCAUAGUAUGCGCUUUGCGUUGGUAUUGCGCUGCAAAAAUUAUUUAUCGACGUAAGGGUUUAUUUAAUUUAUUUUUCUCAAUUAACCAAAACACUUGCUCUGGUGCUGAUAAUUAUUUAUACACAGAAUUUUGAGACGAACCCAAAUUAUUCCAUUUUAACCAGAACGCAUUUUAGGAAGCUUUAUAAACGUUCCCAGAAUCACAGAUUUAGUAUCGCCGAAACUAUUAAUUUAGUUUGAGUUUUGCAGCAUUUAUUCAUUUGACUCGAACAUCGAGAAAGAACAGAGCAAUCAAAAAAUGAAACAAAAUAAUUUAACCUUUUUUAACAUAUUUAUUAAGAUGUACUACCAAAAACCAGUUCAUUAUUUUCCCGCAAAAUAUUUCUUACGUGUACAGCACAUACAAUCCGAUCUAGGCUCAAAUUGUACGCUUUCGGUGUAACUUGAAACUUGUGUUUUAUUUGCAUAAUCAAGCUAACUUUUAACUAGCAAAAGCUUAGAGUUAAGGAAGCGAGUGUUGAGACUGUCUUCGAAAAGAACAGACACGUUCGUGGUUCUUAGCUAUCGGAAGUUAGAAAAGUGAUAACGGGAUUUGCGAGUCCCAAAAACCUGCAUGUGUUCGUGCAUUUUUAAUCCAGCCAUUCGUCGUUUGUAGGGCUGUUCACUUUACGACUGAAAUA